UUGAGAUAAGGCGGUAGUCAGGUGUGGUGUGUGGCUGUUCGACUUGCUUUUUUUUUUCGGAGACAGGAAAUCGCCAAUUUUGGCUGAUUUUUCCUGUAUCCGAAUUAUUUUGGUACCUGACCGGCUCUGAAUCUUUCACUUCGAUCUUCGGCAGCCGUCAACAUGGUUUGGAAUGAAGCAGUCCAAUUCUACAAUCACACCUUUGAAAAUGCUGAUCCCAGAGUUGCAGAUUGGCCCAUGAUGCACAGUCCUUUUCCUACACUCAUCAUUUGCCUUUCUUAUGUAUAUGUAGUCAAGUACUUAGGACCUAGCUUAAUGAAAAAUCGAGAGCCAUUAGAUAUCCGGUGGCUUAUGACAAUAUACAAUUUUUCUAUGGUUAUAUUCAGCUUUUUAAUUUUCUAUUAUUUUGGUGUUUAUGGCUGGUUUGGAUCAUAUAGCUGGAAGUGCCAACCUGUUGAUUAUUCAGAUAGCCCUGAAGCCAUUGGAAUGGCAAGUGUAUGUUGGUGGUUUUAUAUAUCAAAAUUUAUUGAAUUUACUGAUACAAUAUUUUUUGUAAUGAGAAAAAAGUAUAGUCAAGUUUCUACUCUUCAUGUUAUUCAUCAUGGGAUUAUGCCAAUGAGUGUAUGGUUAGGAUUAAAAUUUACCCCUGGUGGACAUAGCACAUUCUUUGCUUUUGUUAAUAGUUUUGUUCACGUUUUGAUGUAUACUUACUACGGUUUGGCGGCUUUUGGCCCACAUAUGAAUAAAUAUCUGUGGUGGAAAAAAUAUAUGACCACUAUUCAAAUGAUUCAAUUUCUCAUGAUAUUUACUCAUGCUUUUCAACUGUUGUUCAUCAACUGUAAUUAUCCACGUGGUUUCAUGUACUGGAUUGGAUUCCAUGCAGUUCUUUUCUGGUUCCUAUUUGCUGAAUUUUAUAAAAAUGCAUACCAAAAGAAUAAAGCAGAAAAAGCAAUACUAAAAGCAAAGGAAAUCAGUGAAGAAGGAUCACCUGUUAAAAAUGGAUAUAAAUUAACUAAUGGUCAUAGUUAUUCAAAUGGUUAUGCAAAUGGUUGUUCCACUAAAAAUGCCUAUACUAAUGGUAAUGGUUAUAUUCAUUCAAAUGAAAAAGAGCAAUAUUCAAAUGGUGUACAAAACUGUGAUUUAUCUAAUGAUAGUAUAAAAAAAGCAAAUUAGUCCAAUUUCUUUUAUAUAAAAUAUUGUGAUUUUGCAUUUGCACUGGGUACUUGUAUAUUGUUGCCAUUUCAAUACAUAAUAUAAUGUGGAUAUUUUUUCUUCACAAAUUUGUUAAAUCUAAGUCAAAAAACAAAAAAGUGUUUAUUUUGCUUUUGCACUGAAGAAUAAGUAUUGUAUAUACCGGUGAUAUUUUGUUGGAAUUUAUUGUCAGAAAAAAGACAUAAACAGUAUUGUUCAUUUCGUUGAGCCUUUAAGCCAAACUUUUGUAUUGCAUUUUGUAAAUUUUAACUAUCCAUUUAUUUCUAUUGGGCAUUUAUAAAAUUCAUUUUGAAUCUCAAACAUUUGUGGACGGAAAUAUUAAUGCUUUGUUUCAAAAUCUUUUGAAAGGCAUGUUAUUACCACGAUUGAAAAUAUCAAACUUGAUCUUACAUUUGUACAGUAUUGAGUCUCCAGCUAUGCAAAACUUAGUUUUAGUAGCUUGUAAAAUGUAUUAUGUACUAUUAAUAAAUAAUUGUCCUAACCUAUUUUUUGUACUUGCACAAUUUAUAGAAUAAAAGCCUAUUUAAAAGAAAUUAAAA